AUGUUAGAAGACAUCGGAGAUAUAUUGUCGGUGAAGAAUACGAUAAAAGAAGCCAGAAGAAUUACAGGAUUUAUAUACAACAAUGAUAAAGUGGUCAAUUUGAUGAAAACAUAUACGAAUGGUCGAGACCUGUUGCGACCAGGCAUAACAAGAUUUGCAACCGAGUUUGUUGCAAUGGAAAGUCUUCUGAGAUACGCAACUGACUUGAAAAGAAUGUGUACUUCUAGAGAAUGGGUUGAGUACAAUAAUACUUUGAGAAGAAGACACGAAGCUGGAGAUAUAUCAGACAUGAUUCUGAAUGAAAGAUUUUGGAAACGGGUACGCCGAGUUUGUGGGGUCAUGGAACCUUUGGUGAAGGUUUUAAAAGUAGUUGAUCAAGAUAAAAAAAAAACCUACACUACCUAUCACUUACGAGCAAUGGAUAGGGUAAAAAUGGCAAUUAAAACCGCAGUGAAAGAUUUUCAACAAUAUUGGGAUAUCAUCGAUGAAAGAUGGUAUAACCAAUUGCAUCAAGAUUUGUAUACUGCAGUUUAUUUUUUAAAUCCUGGUAUUCAAUACUCUGGCACUUGUGAAUUUGAUUCAUCGGAGGUUCGAAAAGGAGUAAAAGAAGUUAUUAAAAGACUCGAGCUAGAUUUGGAUAUACAAGUAAAGGCUAUGAAUGAGAUAAAUACAUUUGUUAACAAAGUUGGAGAAUUUGGAAGUGCACUUGCUAUUAGAGCUGUAGCUACAUCUUUACCAGCUGACUGGUGGAAUAUGUAUGGUGAUAAAGCCCCUAAUUUUCGGAAAAUUGCAUUAAAAGUUUUGAGUCAAACAUGCACAUCAUCUGGUUGUGAGCGCGAUUGGAGUACGUGGUCUUUGAUCCAUACUAAACUUCGGAAUAGAUUAGCUAUUGAGAAACUGCAUAAGCUAGUCUAUGUCCACUACAACAUGCGUCUUCGGGUGAAAAUUUUUAUGCAAAGGACAGACACAGACGAUUUCUACGACCCGAUUGAUUUGAAUCAUAUUUUUGAUGAAAAUGAUAUUUUAGAUGAAUGGGUCAGAGAAAAUGAAUCUCCACUUAUUCACGAUAGUGAUUUGAAUUGGUUGGAUGAGACUAUUGAUGAAAGUGGAGAUGGAAUUGACAGUCAGCAUACUAGCAGAUAUUCUGGAGUUCACGAACAUAUGCAAGAUUUUAAUAUAGGUUAUUCCUAUGGAGAUUCUUCCCACAAUUCGAGUUCGAAGAAGGAUAUUCAUACUAUGAUCGAUCAGAAGAUGGAAAUAGUUUUGAAGCUCCACGACACUCCACAAGGUAUUGAAUGUGCAUCUUUGAAGACUUAUGCACAUGAUGGGACUUCAGACCGUCUAUAA